AUUCUGCCUUUUUACUCUUUCCUUGUUGCUCAUAAUAACACUACCUCCCUAGUAUAUCCCAUUAGAUGCUGGGAAGGACAUCCAAUACUCUUCGUGCUGUACCUCGCUGCGCCCCCCAAUUAGGGAGAACUGUAGCACCAGCGCACGCCGUUUCCCGACCUCUUCUUGCCUUUAGCUUUUCGACAUCUCGGAAAAUCGAUCAUCCACAUCAUGCGCAGAUUAUUCCAUCACUGAGGAAUUACGCGACCGAAGCUUCCACUGUAGACACAACGAUAGAGCCGAAAGUUGUCCAGGAGGACGCUAGUCAAGAAGAGGAGGCCACAGAGGAUGUCCUAAUACCGCAAUUAUCCUCAUGGACCGGGCUGGGCGUAUCCCUUCCUAUACUGAAACAACUUGCGAAGGGCUUUCCGCAUGUGCAGGACCCUACCCCUGCACAGCGGCUCUUCCUUUUGGCGGUGCUUUCAGGAAAUGAAGUCUAUCUGAGAGAUGCGAUGGGGCGUGGCAAGACACUGGCUUUAGCAAUAGCUGCUUUGGAACUCGCCCUACGUCCAUCACCCCGGGGUAAAAGCAAAGGUAAUAGCCCAAAAGUCAUGAUUCUCGUCCCAACUCCUCACCUCGCCCAUCAAAUCUUCUCCCACCUGCAAACGCUUUCACCAUACUCCUCUUCAUCCUCUUCCUCGCCUCUGUUUUCCUUGCUCAGUCCCAAGACGUUAUUGGCAAAAGGCGAAAAGUCCCCCGCAUGGGCGUUACCCGAUACGCCAAUCAUCAUCUCCACCGCCAAGAUUGCCGUGCAAUUCAACCUCGACACACCCCAACUCACUCACAUUUUCCUGGACGAACCAGAUACUAUGGUUGGAUCCCUCCCCUCUCGACACGCAACUUCUCGGGACCUCUACCGACACCCUCUGAUCCGUCACCCCCCACCUAUUGUACACGCCAUAACCCAGCUUUUGGGGAUCACGAUCACCCGUGAUGGAACGUUAGAUUUUGCCAAGAGACGGAAUGGGAUCAACACUGUUUGGACGAGUGCAACGAUGGGUAGGGAGUUUAAGCGGUUUGUCAAGACCCGUGGGUGGGUACGGAGAGGUAAUAGAGUUGUGGAUCUGGAUUUCUCGCCAUCGGCGUCGGAUAAUAAAAGAUUGAUUAGAGAGAGGUUGUUACAGGCGAUCGGCGUAUCUCCCAAUGACGGCCCACAGUUGGGUAAAUCCGCCAAAGGAAAGGGGGAGAAAAAAGGGCAAGAACAAAAAGAACCGGAACAUCAUGUCAUUCUCAUAGACCAUGAGACAGGCGAUUUUGCACCUCUAACCCCUACGUCUGACCUUACAGGCUUCACGUCCCAACCAAAAGAUCAGCUGGCUUCCUCGUCAUCCUCAUCGCAAGGCUACAUCCUCGAAACCCUGGCUCUGCUUCACGCUACGUCCCCUCCUCCGCCGGGAAAAUACGCGCUCGCCCUCCCUCCGGAGGGUACGUCUCUCGAUCAACUCGGAGAGGCGUUGGCUUCGCUUGGCGUGUCUACUUCGCUCCUCACGCCGGAAGUGUUAAGAAUCGGUAUCCCGCCCGUGGCGGAAGGUGUGGCACCGCCCAUUUUGCUUGCGGCGAGAUCGUCUGUAACAGGUUUACAUCUGCCACAGCUGCAGACAGUGUAUAUGUUGGGAGGGCUAGAUGUGCAAGGAUUGUCGCAAGCGCAGAGGAAGAAUAAGGGGGUAGGGGAGAGAAUGGGAUUUUACGAUACUGUUACAGGACGGUUGGGGAGGUUGGGUACUGAUGCGGUGGUCGAUGCCUCAGUUGGUGAAGGUGGAGAGGGAGAAACACAGAAAGUGGUUAGUCUCGUGCUGGCAGGGAGUGAAGAACAUGAUAAAUUGGCAAAGAUGUUCUUUGGAGAUGCCAAAGGGAACAAGGAAGACGGGGAGAUUGAGGUUGUUAAAAGGAAGAAACUUUCAGAGUGGGAUAUGGAGAGUUUGAAUCAGAUACUGGAGCAAGAGCUUCAGGAUGAAAGGACUAGCACAAACUAGAGGGUGGCAACAAAUCAUAAUCGUUGGCAAAUGCAUAGUCCCUUA